AUGGCCUACGAACUGAGCGAGUCGAGCGAUGCUGACGAUGAUCACCGGGGCUUCCUUGUUGAGCUACCCGAGGACGCCUACGCGGCCAGCAUGUCCUGGUUUGUCGAUGCAGUUCACAAAAUGGAGAUGAAGGAGGCCAUGUUCUGGGCACCACAAAUACUUGCACCCUGCGUAGCUCUUGCAGCUGCUCAGAUAGCCAUUGUGGUUUUCGUGUGGAGGGCCGUGGAUCGUAUGGAUCCUUGCGCUCCGCGCGCUCACGAGCUGCUGCAGGUCAUUGGCGUUGCGGUGUUCGUCGGUGAGAUGCUCAACGAAGGUCUGGAAGCAAUAAACACGCUGUAUUGCAUAUGGAUGUCGACCGAGAAUCUCGGAUGGUACUUUCGCGUCUUGUUGACUGCCCUUUUCGUGCUCCCGAAGGCGACAGUUGUGGUUUUGCUCACGUUCGUUGGUUCCAAGUUCGUUCUCAUGGCUGAGGAUGACGUUGAACUCAUCCUAAACUGUGUUGCGCUGACCUUCGUGAACAGCAUGGACGACGUGAUGUUCAACAACAUCUAUGCUCUGUACGACGACGAGCUCGCGAAGUGGUCGGUGUUUUUUGAACGUAAGUCUUUACGGUCACUGGAGCUACAGUUGCUCGUAGCCAGGACAUGGUUAUGGGCAGCUCUUAUCCUUUGGAUUCUGCUGUCCCAACCUGCAGCACAAUGUUGA